GGCAGAGAAGCACUGCGUGCUGAUGGUUUAGCUGGCGUUAAGACGGAGAAACUCCACAUCCCCGCUUUUGUGCCUAGCCCUGCAUGUAGAUGUGGGUCUGCUAGUGUGUAUUUGUGUCCAGCUCUCACCGGGCUGGCUGCUGGCUGAUUUUACUGAGGGCUUCCUGCUGCAUCCAUCUGCCUGAAAAUUCAACCCGCUCCACUGUCACUGCUCACGGCAGGUUUUAAGCAGCGACAGAGAGACUGGUGGACGUCCCUCCCUCUCAGGACUACACAGAAGCUCCUCCCACCCGUAACCUCAGCAGCGCCGCCGUUUAAACACUUCCAUCAGACUCAUGACUGUUUGAGGGGGACGCGGACCCACCGUGGCCCAUGCACUGUACCCAUUUCCCUCCCUGUCCUCCUUAUCCCUCAAGCUGACGCAAAACCCCAGACACCUACCCCCCCUCCCCCAUCCCCACUCCCACCCCAUCCCAAGCGACUCGCCUCCUCCGCCCAUGCCUCCUGGCACCGAGACCGUGCACUACAUCCACCUGCACAACUCCAGCCAGUCCGUGCUGGAAGCUCUGCGCACCCAGCGCCGAGAGGGCCUCUUCUGCGAUGUGACCGUGCGGAUUCAUGAUUCUUCUCUCCGCGCCCACGCCUGCGUCCUGGCAGCCGGUAGCCCCUUCUUCCAGGACAAGCUGUUGCUGGGCCACUCUGAGAUCUCUGUGCCGCCGUUGGUGCCCGCCGAAACCGUGAAGCAGCUGGUGGAUUUCAUGUACAGCGGCUCUUUGGUGGUGCUGCAGUCUCAGGCCCUCUGCAUCCUCACCGCCGCCAGCAUCCUGCAGAUCAAGACCGUCAUCGACGAGUGUACCCAGAUUAUCUCUCAGAGGAAGGCGGCGGCGGGCGCAGCAGCUGCGGCGGCGGCGGCAGCAGCGGGAGGCGCAAUGCUUGGUGGAGUUCUGCCCAAACAAGAGGAGCGUGGUGGGAGUAAAGGGACGGAGAGAGGCGGCAGUGGGAGCUGCUCCGUUAGCGCCGCAGGUGGAGGUUAUGCAAACUUCUCUAACUUCAUGGCUGAAUGUGGGGCGAGCAACAUGGGCGGGGGGAUGGGGGGUGCGAGCGUUAACGUCAGCGAGGGAGGCCCAGGCCCAAUGGAGCAGGCGAACACCGUGAGUCUGAUGGACCUGGGAAACAUGGGCCCCGGCUCCAUGUGUGGCGGUGACGGAAUGGGUCCCGGGGCCGGCACAAUCCUCAUGAAGCAGAGCCCCAGCUGCACUCAGGACGUCAGGUACAAGCUGCGAGACCUGUUGGCGCAGACGGCCAACGGAGCCAGCACUAGUAGCACAGGGAACCUCUCGGCGGGCUGCAGCUCCGGCGUGGGCAGCGUGGACAGCAUCGGCAGGGACAGCCUCCGCGGCAACACAACCGACCUCUCUGAUGACCUGGUGGGGAUGGACCGCUACAGUGAGGAGGAGGACCUGGACGGGAGAGAGCGGGGAAGAGACGGAGACAGAGACAGGGGGGCGAGCCACAGCCGCAAGCAGAGGCAGCCGCUCAGACUCCAGGUGCUUGGAGGAGAGGGAGUCGUGGUGAAAGAUGAAGGGGUUCAGGACCCAGAUGGGACCGUCUACGCGCUGGAGGAUGGGAGAAGAGAUGGAGAGCAGGAGGGCUCCCAGGAAUCCAUGGCAGGCUUUGGGCAGGAUUUCUAUGAUGAGCAGGGGGUGUUUUCUGAGAGUUUCUGGCCCCAGAGCGAGCCUCCUCAGGCAAUGGCUUUCAACCCCCGAGGACGGGUCAACAAACCGCUGACUCCCCCUCCAACCACACAGUCCAUCAACAACCAGCUUCUUUUCCAGUACCCAGUGAGCCAAUCGCAGCCCGCUCCCUACUAUGUGGGCGGGCCCAUGGGUGGGAUUGACAGCAUGGCAGCGACAGAGCCGAGUCAGCAAGCACCGCCCCCAGCGCCUAUGACCCCAGCUCCGCCUCCAUCCACAUCCUCCUGCUCCGCGGGCCCCUCCCCUUCCUCCCAGGGAUCCGAGACCUCGUUCGACUGCACGCACUGUGGCAAAUCUUUACGUUCCAGGAAGAACUACAGCAAGCACAUGUUCAUCCACUCCGGUCAGAAACCUCAUCAGUGCUCCAUCUGCUGGCGCUCCUUCUCCCUGCGUGACUACCUCCUCAAACACAUGGUGGUGCACACUGGAGUCAGGGCCUUCCAGUGCUCCAUGUGCGGCAAGCGCUUCACCCAGAAAAGCUCGCUCAACGUGCACAUGCGCACCCACCGUGCGGAGCGCACCUUCCAGUGCAACGUGUGCCACCGGGCCUUCACCCACCGCACCUUGCUGGAGCGCCACGCCCUGCAGCACGCCCACCACAACCCCCAGGCUCAGCCUCAGGGCCAGGGCCAGGGGCGUGUGCCCGACAUGACCUCACCUACCAAGCACAGUCCUCCCGCUCUGGGGGGACCCUCAGGUAUGGCUGGCGCGGCUGGCAUGGUCGGCAGCAUGGCCAACAUGCCCAGCCACGGAGCUUCCUCCACCUAGAGAGAGAGAGGGAGAAAGGGGGAGAUACGGAGGAGGGGGGAGGUUAGUACGCCCAUUCCGUGAACCAACACUUCUAUGGUCCUAACAGCCUUGUUGAUCUUUUGUUCUGGCUGGAACAACGCUUCUCGGUUUUCAUUGUUUUUAGCUUAACGUCACCUUCAGUCAGGGUUCCUAUGCAGGAUCAGGAAGACUUCUGAUGUUUUAAACAGUAUGUGAAUAUGUCUUUAAAAUGAAUAGAACCAGGACAGCCACCUUAAAGAGUAACUAAACCCCCAGACCACUUUUAUAGAUCACCUAAACAUAGAGGGAUUUAUAGCUUUCAGACUCAAAGACCUGGAGGGCCCAGGCCUAGGGAGUGGUUCCAUGAGUUUGUUACGUCAGGUUAAAGCUGUGGAUUCAGUAUUUGGUAAUCAGUUUGGGUCCAGAUCGCAACAUCAAAGUACAAACUAUUAAAACCCCAAAUUUUUAUUAAAAAAAUAUGCAUGACUGCCCUCUACAGGUUGAAACCUGACUAUUACAGCUGAAUUUCUCUAUCUGCUGAUCUGGAGGCAGGUGAUGUAUGGGGUGCCAGCUUCUAUCAGCCCAAGUUUGCAGGGCUUUGGCACUGUGGGAUUGUGGGUAGUGUAGUUCUUUUUCACCAAGAUCCCAAAUAAACCAUGAUUUUCGUCAAAUGAGGUUUAAAUCAUACAAACUCGUGUCUUCUACAGGAGUCUCUAUCAACACUCAGGUAGCUUGUCAUAAGACUGCCUUGGAUGAUUUUGACAUUGUUGUUUAUAAUCAACACAGCAGAGACUGUGCAGUGUGGAGGCUAGAUGUGUCUUAUUCCUCCUGAAUAGACGCCUUUCAGCCUAAACUCUGGGGUUUGGUUACUCUUUCAGAUUUAGUCCUUUUGCCGUGUCCUGUUCUGUUGCUGAGUCAGCUAAUCAUGAGCUUCAGAGCAGCGUGGCCUUUCUGGAAGCCUUUAGAUGUCCAGGCAUCAGUGUAUGGGAACAAGGAGUCUUGAUUUAUAAUCAGAAUGCGUAGGAACCCUGUUUAACGACACCAGGGAGUCACCAAAGAGGUUAGGAAUUUGUGACGGGUUUGGGAG